AAGUGUUGGGAUAAAGAUCCAGAAAAACGACCGUCAGCAAUAGAAAUUCAUGAAACUAUUUUAAAUUGGAAAGGUAAUCCUGAAAUUUUGUCUGAAUUCUUAAAAUCCGAUAAAGAAAUGGAGAUUAAAAUAAUGGCAUUAAUAAUAUUGAUGGUAGUGUGA